AUGCACAAGCACAUUUUGUAUGGCCUUAGCAGCGCGCUGAGCGCGUGGGUGUUAAGGGAUCUGGUGAUCUGCCUAUCAAGUAACUUGAGUUUAUCAAACGGAAUGCUGAUAAAUAAAUUUAUUUGCAGCAAAGAUGAUUUCCUAAAAAACAUCUUUCCAGAAAUAAAGUACUGUUUUGAUUCACUUGAAUUAAAGAAGGGGUUCAAUGACUAUCACAUAUAUACAAAAGAAAAUGAACACCUUGUGGAAACCCUAUAUGUAGAAAAGUGGAAUAAUACAAAAAAUAUGAAUGAGCAUUUGUAUAGUGAGUCUAGUAAAAAGAACUUACAUUACUUGAAGAAAAAUAACAUUUUGUUUUCUCCCUCUUUGUUUGUUUUGCUAAAGCAGUAUCCAGGUCGUUAUACGCCUGCCUACUUGAGGAAUUACUUUGAGUAA